GCGCUCAGCCGCGGGCGGUGGGCAGCAGCAGCGGCGGCGGCUCGGAGGAGGAGGAUCAGCGGGACGGCGGGGUGCUGUUCCUUGUCAACAAGAGCGGCUUCCCGCUGGACGGGCAGACCUGGGAGCGGAUGUGGGGGCACGUGGAGCGGGUGCACCCCGACGGCAGCGCCGUGGCCGCCGCCAUCCGCAGCGCCGCCUGCCUGGCCCGGCCCUCGGUUCCGCCCGUGCCCAAUUACAAGCUCUCCAUGUCCAUCCCAGAAUGGCUGCAGGCAAUACAGACCUACAUGAAGAUGCUGCAAUACAAUCACACGGGAACUCAGUUCUUCGAGAUCAGAAAAUCCAGACCUCUAAGUGGGUUGAUGGAAACAGCAAGAGAAAUGACCAGGGAGUCCUUACCUAUCAAAUGCCUUGAAGCAGUCAUCCUGGGGAUAUACCUAACAAAUGGGCAGCCCUCUGUGGAACGAUUCCCCAUCAGCUUUAAAACCCACUUCUCAGGGAACUAUUUUCAUCAUGUGGUGCUUGGGAUUUACUGCAAUGGCCGGUAUGGAUCACUGGGCAUGAGCAGGCGCUCGGACCUAAUGGACAAACCUCUGACUUACCGAACUCUGAGCGACCUCAUCUUUGAAUUUGAAGACUCCUAUAAGAAGUACUUGCAUUCAGUCAAAAAAGUCAAAAUCGGAUUAUAUGUUCCGCAUGAGCCACACAGCUUUCAGCCCAUUGAGUGGAAACAGCUGGUCCUCAACGUAUCCAAAAUGAUGCGCACAGAAGUCAGGAAGGAGCUGGAGAAGUUUGCCAGAGAUAUGAGGAUGAAGAUUCUGAAGCCCUCAAGUGCCCAUUCUCCCAUGAAGGAGAGGUCGCGGGGUAAGUCGCUGUCCCCUCACCGAAGGCAGGCCAGCCCUCCGAGACGGCCGUUCAGAAGAGACAAAUCGCCUGCGGUGGUGGACAAGAAGGGAGACCUGGCUACGCUCAACGAGGUGGGCUACCAGCUCCGCAUCUAACAAAGCCAUAGGCUGGACAGAGGGCUUCCUCGGUGCUUCCCACUGCACUUUACCCUCACUCCAUUGGAAGGAAAAAGGAACGGGACUAUUUAUUAACUUGUGGACACUUACAGUAAAGGUUUUAUCUAGAAAAUAGAACAGAAUUUUCUUGGUGGCUGUAUUUAUUUUCAUUCAGUUCAUGAAAAGGCAUUAGUGAAGAGAACCUUCACUCUAUCAUGUAGGACAUAACAGCAGUUGUAUGUGAAUUUCUGCAAGUAGAGUUUUGCUAUGUGAGCAUUAAUGGAAUUUGGACAUUGUGCUGGCUGGUACCUUUGGGUGGGCUACAACUCAUACUCUUAGUAUUAAGAUGUGCUGGGUGCAGUGUUUAAAAAAAAAAUAAAAUCACAUUCAGUAUUAAUAGUCAGUUCAGCAAUAAAAACAACCAGUGCAGCAGUGGCAUGAUUUUUUGAAGUGUCAACAUUACCUCACAAAACUGAAUAGAUAUGCAAAACUGUCAGUAUUACUGUUUUGUAACAAGUUUGUACUGUUUCCCAGCAUUCCUGGUAGUAUUAAAAUGGCACUGGACGUGCCCUGCCACCUCUUUGUUGUUCUGUGCAUGUUGCUGAAAGACAUUAAUAGUAAUAUGCAAGUUGUAUUCUUAAAAACACAUUUUCUUGGGGAAAAAUGAGUUUUUUAAAAAAAUAAUGAUAAUUGAUUAAUAAUGAAUUUCUAAUAUUUCAUAAUUUUUUAUACUUUGUCACAAGCUUUUUGUCUUUCUUGACUACACUGCUGAAGCACAAGAAGAAGAGAUUGCUGUUUUUGUAGAGACAAGUGUCCACAAUAAUGGUUUGUUGCUUGUGUAUGUUAUUGCAAUCAUGGAAAAAACGUCCAAAUUGCUGAGUCUUUACACAGCUCUUUCAAGAUUUGUGUGCAGCUUUGAACCUCGUCGUUGAAAGGCCAAGUGCUCUCAGAUAGUGAUGCCUUGACAUCUUAUAUUAAGAUCAGACAUCACAGGCUGAAGUUAAGCUUCCACUGUGCUGCCGAGGGAAUUUCUCUUGUAUGCAUCGUAAUCACAACUGCUUAGUCAGACCUGAAUAAGGAAGCUUGUAUUGGAACAAGUUCAGCAAUAAAAUGCAUGGUGUGUCUGAAAUAACCAAGAACCAGGCUUGUCUGCUUCUUCCCUCUCUGCCCUUCUGCUGUGAGACUUGGCUAAGGACCUGUGAUGGAUGGCAGUGUUCACAAGUGACGUGGUAAGAGACUUUCAUGCCUUUCACAUGAAUGAAGUUCUCUGGAAGCAUUUGAGCGCUGCAUUCAUGAAAAUAUUUCAUUAGGUGCCUAAGUAGAAACUGGAUUAUUCCAAACAUCCAGCCUCUACCCUUUGUGCUGUGCUUAUGGAUUAUACUGCCGUGGUCCUUGUGUACCUCCUCUUCUGGGCACGCACUUGUUUUGGAAUCUCCUAGAAGACAGGACAUUCUAACACAGUGACAGUAAUACUGAAUGAAAUGGAAUGAUGUAAGCUCCCAAAACCCUUCCUGCAUCAGCCAGGAAACGAAUGAAAACAGAAGGAAAUGAGUGCAUAUACCCAAACCUCACUGCUUGCUCAGAAGAGUCAGUGAACUCAUCUCCCUAGGAUAGAAAGCCAACAGAGACCCAGCAAGCUUCUACAAACAGCAAAACGCUCUUCGGUAAUCAUUCUUCACGAGGCCUGGAAAAAAGGCCUUUCAAAUGUAUUAUACUUCCUUAUACAAGAUUACUUGAUCAGUUACAGGGAGGCCUUUCUCAUCCCUCUUUCCCCACCCUUUUUCACUCCUCUGUUCACAAAAGGAAUUUUGGUUCAGGGGUGAAGUUGAAGAGAGGGAAGAAUUUUUUUUAGUAGAAAUUCUUGUGUAAUUUGACAUCAGCUACAGUCUUUGGUUUACACUUUGUGCUGCUCAGUGUCUUGUGACAGUUUUCUUCUUGUGUCUUAGAUUUCUCAUGGGUAAAAUACUGUAGAAAAACUGACAUGGUGAUCAGCUGUAUCAUAUAGCAUGAGGGUAUCUGGUAUGUUUCUAGCUUUUUCAAUGGAACCACAGUUUACUACUCUUUAACUCAAGAAUCAGUGGUUGGUAUAUAUCUAUUACCAGGGUCCAGAGCGAUCUGAGUUAUUUCUUCUUAGCCUCUAACUUAUACUGAAGCUCUUUUAUGCUACAGAGCUGUUCUGAGGUGGUUCUUGUUCAACUGAAAAUUUCUCUUGAAACUUGCUUAUUAUGGCAUUUGUCUUAAUGGUGGUUCUAGUGGCUGUUUUGUUACCUUACUGCAAAAUGGUCAAAUAAUGUAGAAAACAUGCAUGCUGUUCUUUGUUUUUUUUCAUUACUUGUAUGCUUACGCACAGUGUGAGACUUCAAUAAAAUAUCAUGGUAGUCUUUGUA